GUGCCUGAAUGUAAAUAUAAGAACAUGGACCCGCUGGCUAAAUGCUAAUCGAUGACUGUACCUACAUAAUCGUGGAGUUUUGUGUUGGUGUCAUUUACUGUAUAUCACCCGAGCCGAUAAAUACCACGAGCGGUUAAAUACUGGCAUUCAGUACUUAGUUAAAUACGCUAGGUUGUGAACUGUGGCAACCUGAUAUCAUUACUGUACCAAGCCUUUAUUGGGAUUCCUAGUGUGUUUAACUCGAUUAUUUUUAUUUCAAGUCAAGUUUAUUCUUCAUUAUGCCUAAAGGAGGGAAAAAAGGUGGCCAUAAAGGUCGCAUGAGAACCUACACAAGUCCCGAAGAAAUUGAUGCUCAAAUGAAAGCAGAAAAAGAAAGAAAAAAGAAUGAAGAAGAAGAAGGCGCAGCAGUGAACGACAACCAGAGUGAAGACAAACUAACAGCAUCAGGUUCAGAGGACAGUGACGAUGACGGGUCUCAGAAAAGAAAGGGGGUUGAGGGCUUGAUAGAGAUCGAAAAUCCCAAUCGAAUCGCCCAGAAAGCGAAGAAAGUGACAGAAAUAGAACUUGAGGGACCUAAACAGCUUUCCAGAAGAGAAAGAGAAGAGAUUGAAAAGCAAAAGGCGAAAGAAAGGUAUAUGAAAAUGCAUUUAGCAGGAAAGACGGAUCAAGCUAAAGCUGACCUCGCUCGACUCGCCAUUAUUAGAAAACAGCGUGAGGAGGCUGCACGGAAAAAAGACGAGGAACGUAAAGCGAAAGAAGAAGCAGCAGCGGCAGCAGCAGCAGCUAAAGGACUGCAUACAUUGUCUCUCAAAUAAUCUAAAUCGUGGAUUCUCAGAGGUUUUGUGGACAGUAAACAGUUAUAUUGACAAUGUUAUUUUUGAAGAAAACGCAAAUGAUAGUGAGGUAUGCGAUGCGAAACGAUGUAACACGAUGUUCUAUUGAAAAGGAGCAUUUCAGAGUAUAUUAACACAGAAAAGUGGGCAUCGUCCAAAAACAAAACGCCUUUGUGAGAGCCCGGAUUUGUUCAAUUUUAAUGCUUGCUUUCACUCAAUGAUAUUAGGAAUAUAGUCAUAUUUAUUAAUAUAUUAACAUAUUGCCACAUUUAACUGAGGGGAUUGUACAAUAUAAAGACGCCAUAGUCUGUCCUCAGUUGUAAAGGACCUGGUGUAAUUUAGAGCGACGUUCUGAUGGUAUUCUCUUAAAAUAUUGUAAAGGAUAACAAUAAAGUGUCAGAACUUUUUAUUGAAAA